GCUCGCCCCCACCCAGUGUCACCAGCCUGGCGCCUCUGUGAGAAAGUCCCACUGCAAGAGGCCCCGGGGCAUUAUCAUUUUCCUCUUUCACCCUGUCUGGGCUGUCAGCAAAUCCCAAGGGCUCUCUGAACCUGGAGCCUUCCUUGGUCGGAUCCCUCCAGCCGCUUGAAGGAUGAACUCCUGCAUCAUCAUAAUGAGGCUGCUGCUUUCUGGGCCCUUUUUCUUUGCCCCGGCCUUCUGCUACAACCUGGAAGUGCGACACGUGCAAAACUUCUCGUUCCCACACGCCGGGAGACAUUUCGGGUACCGCGUUCUGCAAGUUGGAGACUGGGUUGUCGUGGGAGCUCCAGGUGAGGGGAACAGCACAGGAAACCUCUAUCAGUGCCAGCCAGGCACUGGCCACUGCGUACCACUCAGCCUGCAUGGUUCCAACUAUACCUCCAGGUACUUGGGAAUGACCCUGGCAACAGACUCCACACAGGGAAGCCUUUUGGCCUGUGACCCUGGGCUGUCUCGGACAUGUGACCACAAUGUUUAUCUAAGUGGCCUGUGUUACCUUUUCCAGCAGAAUCUGAGGGAUCCUCCGCUGCAAGGGCGCCCUGGUUAUCAGGAGUGUAUAAAGGGCAACGUAGACUUGGUAUUUCUGUUUGAUGGUUCAAUGAGCCUGCAGCAAGAUGAAUUUCAGAAAAUUCUGGACUUCAUGAAGGAUGUGAUGAGGAAACUCAGCAACUCUUCCUACCAGUUUGCUGCUGUUCAGUUUUCCACGGAGUGCAAAACAGAAUUUAAUUUCUUGGAUUAUGUUAGGGUGAAGAACCCUGAUAUUCUGCUGGGCAAAGUAGAACACAUGCGGCUGUUGACCAAUACCUUUCAGGCCAUCAACUAUGUCAUGAAAGAGGUAUUCCAGCAAGACCGGGGGGCUCGGCCAGAUGCCACCAAAGUGCUUAUCAUCAUCACUGACGGGGAAGCCACUGACCCAGAAAACAACAUUGACUCGGCCAAAGACACUGUCCGCUACAUCAUUGGGAUUGGAAAGCAUUUUAAAACCAAGGAAAGUCAGGAAACGCUCCACAAAUUUGCCUCAAAACCUGCGAAGGAGUUUGUAAAGAUUCUGGACACGUUUGAGAAGCUUAAAGAUCUGUUCACUGAGCUGCAAAAGAAGAUCUAUGACAUUGAGGGCACAAGCAAACAGGACCUGACAUCCUUCAACAUGGAGCUGUCCUCCAGUGGGAUCAGCGCUGACCUCAGCCAGGGUCAUGGUGUCGUGGGGGCAGUCGGAGCCAAGGACUGGGCUGGGGGCUUUUUAGACCUGGACGCCAACCUGCAGGACGAUACAUUUGUUGAGAAUGAACCGUCGACACCAGAAGCAAGAGCAGGAUAUUUAGGUUACACUGUGACCUGGCUGCCCUCCAGAACGUUCGCAUCCACACCGCUGCUGGCGGCUGGAGCCCCCCGAUACCAGCAUGUGGGGCGGGUGCUGCUGUUCCAGGAGCUAAGGGGCAGAGAACACUGGAGGCAGGUCCAGAAAAUAGAUGGGAUCCAGAUUGGCUCUUAUUUCGGUGGCGAGCUGUGUGGCGUUGAUGUGGACCAAGAUGGGGACACAGAGCUGCUGCUGAUUGGAGCCCCCCUGUUCUAUGGGGAGCAGAGGGGAGGCAGGGUGUUUGUCUACCAGAGAAAACAGAUGGGGUUCGAAGUGGUCUCAGAGCUGCAGGGGGAUCCUGGCUACCCUCUGGGGCGAUUUGGAGCUGCGAUCACGGCCCUGACCGACAUCAACGGGGACAAUCUGGUGGACGUGGCUGUGGGGGCCCCUCUGGAGGGGCAGGGGGCCGUGUACAUCUUCAACGGGCAGCAUGGUGGGCUGAGCCCUCAGCCGAGCCAGAGGAUAGAAGGGACCCAGGUGUUCUCAGGAAUUCGAUGGUUUGGACGCUCCAUUCAUGGGGUAAAAGACCUUGGAGGAGAUGGCCUGACAGAUGUGGCUGUGGGAGCAGAAGGGCAGGUGAUUGUGCUCAGCUCCCGGCCUGUAGUGGAUGUCCUCACUCUGAUGUCCUUCUCCCCGGCUGAGAUCCCAGUGCAUGAAGUGGAAUGCUCCUAUUCAACCAGUAUCCAGCAGAAAGAAGGGGUCAACAUCACAGUCUGUUUCCAGAUCGAGCCUAUUACCCACCAGUUUCAAGGGCGCCUGGCUUCCACCCUCACUUACACUCUGCAGCUGGAUGGCCAUCGGACCAGAAGCCGGGGGCUGUUCCCAGGAGGUAGACGUGAACUCAGCAGGAACAUGGAGGUCACCCAAACCAAGUCCUGCGACAAGUUCUGGUUCCACUUCCCGGUGUGCAUUCAAGACCUCAUCUCUCCCAUCAACGUCUCCCUAAAUUUCUCUCUCUUGGAAGAAGAAGGGACACCGAGGGACCAAAGGGUGCAGGGCGAGGACAUCCAGCCCAUCCUGAGACCCUUACCACACACAGAGACCAAGGAGAUCCCUUUCGAGAAGAACUGCGGGGAAGACAAGGAGUGUGAAGCAGACCUGAGGCUGUCCUUCUCCCCUGCAGGAUCCAGAGUCCUGCGCCUGACCCCGUCUGCCAGCCUCUCCGUGGGGCUGACACUGAGCAACUUGAGAGAAGACGCUUACUCGGUCCAGCUCAGCCUGAGCUUCCCCCAGGGGCUCUCCUUCCGCAAAGUGGAGAUCCUCGAGCCCCACAGCCAGAUGCCUGUGAGCUGCGAGGAGCUUCCUGAGGAAUCCAAGGUUCCGACCAGGACCCUCUCCUGCAAAGUGAGCCCUCCAAUCUUUAAAGCGGGCAGCUUGGUCACCAUCCAGGUGAUGUUCCACACGCUGCUGAACAGCUCCUGGGGGGACUUCGUCGAGCUGCGCGCCAGUGUGAGCUGUCAAAAUGAAGACCCGGACCUCUUGAAGGACAACUCCGCCACCACCAGCAUCCCGGUCCUGUACCCCAUCAACAUCCUCACCAAGGACAAGGAAAACUCCACACUGUAUGUCAGCUUCACCCCCAAGGGUCCCAAGAUCCACCAUGUCAAACACAUCUACCAGGUGAGGAUUCAGCCUUCUGUCUAUGACCACAACGUGCCCCCCCUGGAGGCCUUGAUUGGGGUACCAGAGCCACACAGCGAGGGGUCCAUCGCACAAAACUGGACUGUGACUGUGGAUCCUCCUGUGACCUGCCAGCAGGAGAAGCUGGAGAGGCCGCGCAGUGUGUCUGAGCCUUGUUUGCCCGGGGCCAAGUUCCGCUGCCCGCUUGUGUUCAAGGAGGAGAUCCUCUUCCAAGUGAUCGGGACUUUGGAGCUGGUGGGGGAGAUCAAGGUGCCCUCCAUGCUCAGCCUCUGCAGCUCCCUCUCCAUCUCCUUCAACAGCACCAAGCACUUCCACCUAUAUGGGAGCAAUGCCUCUCUAGCCCAGGUCGUCAUGAAGGUCGACCUUGUAUAUGAGAAGGACAUGCUCUACGUCUACGUGCUGAGCAGCACUGGGGGGCUGUUGUUGUUCCUGCUGAUUUUCGGGGUACUCUACAAGUUCGGCUUCUUCAAACGGAACCUCAAGGAGAAGAUGGAGGCUACUGUAGAAGCUUCAAAUGGAAUCCCUAGAGAAGACCCUGGGCAGCCAGAGCCCAAGGAAGAGGGUGGGGAUCCCGGCUGCCUGGAGCCGCUCCAGGAGGAGGCGACCCAGGAUGGAAGUGACAAAGACUGAGCCCCAGGCCCGGCGCAGAGGGCCCAGGAUCAGACUCGGGGUGCCUCGCAACACUCUGCCUCUACCUGUGUUUCACUGUGUGUCUUCGGGCAAGUCGCUGCCCCCACCUGGGCCCCAGUUUCGCUCUCUUGAACACAGAGCUCACUCCUGCCUGCCUGCUUUGCAGGUUCGCGGCGAGGCUCCAUGAGGGCCGGGGCUGGAAGGCUGCGGAAGUGAGGCCUUGUAAUUAUCAGCUGGUCCUGGCUUCCCCCAGCCCUUCUUAGUUUCCUCCCCUGGAAGAGACUGUGUGAUCUAAAUUCGGAAAAACUGUCAUCUCAGGACUUAGUGACACUCCUGGCCCUCACACCCACCUGCCCCUUGGGCGUCCCCAGAGGCCUCAGACUCCCAGAACCUCGUCCUUUGCUCUCUCCAGCCUGGAGUCCGGUUCAGCCUUCCAUUCUGCUGCCAGAGAGCAAUCAGUCUGUGUCACUACACUGGUACUGCAAACCCCUCUCUUUGGCUAAAGACUGAGUUCCUUAAUAUGCCUUCCACAGUCUGCGAAAUAGCCUUCACGAGCCGAUGCAGAACUGGGCCCCCGUCGCCUCCCUGGCCUCCUCCCGAGACUCCCCACCUCCCUCUCUAAGCUCUGAUUACACGGGCCUUUCUCUCGAGCCAAGCUCCUUCCUGUCUCACUGCCUUCACCCAGACUGCUCCCUCUGCCUGGAACAUUCCUCCCCAGCCCUUUUCCUGGCUGGCUCUCUCAGCCUUCAGAUCUCAGGUCACGUAAAACUGCCUCAGGGCCUCCCCCAACCCCAACCCAAGUGGGUUCCCGUGUUACACUUGCCCCUCACAGUGCUGAUCGUAUUGUUACUCAAUAUUUGUCUCUCAAAUUAAACUCCACGAGGGUAAGGACCACACCUGUCGUGUUCACCUUGGGGUCCCUUGGUGACAUCACAGAGCCAGACACAGUAGGUGCUUGACAGAAUUUCACUGAACCUAGUGAGGGUACCUGUGGAAAGAUCGAGAAAGCAUUUUGGGUGGGCCCUGCCAUCUCCACCCUUCAAGGUCUUCCCCAGGCCCCUGCCUCCUUGCUCCACAGCCCCCACCAGGACCCCAUCACACCCCGCUGCGGCCCCCACUGGGAGGCUGUGAGCUCAAGGGAGCAGGCCAUGUCUGGCCACUGGCUCUCAGUGCCAAGCACAGCGCCUGCACAUGUGCACCCAAUAAAUGUGAAAAUCUGUCCAA